GGAGUGCCACACAGCUCCAUGUGACAUGACUUUGGAAUAUGCACGAGUAGCUAAAACUGAAGUGUGUCCGGCAUCAUUCUGAUGCUACGGUUCGCACGCAUUUCAAAGCUCGCGAUACGGCAUAUCGCUAGCUGUAAUGCCGUCCGACAAGGUGAGACUCUACGAUUGGCUCACCUACAUAUGUCAUGCUUCAGCCCCGUACCAGCCCAUCAUCCCGUCCUGCUGUCUAUGGCAUUUCCAAUACAUGCUGCAUCUCAUCCCCUCGUUUCCACUUCCCUCAACUCCUCCGCAUACAGCUAUGCCUUCCACGCUUCCUGUCUUCGUAGUGCCUUGCUCUUAUUCCUUUCAUCAAACUUAUUCCCUUGUGCCGCUGUGUUCCCCAUCUUCGCCCUUUUCUGCCAAGCACUCGACCUUCCCUUUAUUUUCCUAUUAGCCAGACCGGUCGCCAAUGGCGCCGUGUAUCCUACGCCUGCUUUCUUCUCGCAGCACAUCGUCACACCCUAUACCCAUUCCUACCCUUCUGAAUAAAGUCUUCCAUAUGCCUCCCCCCUCUCCAAACAUUCUGAACGCAAGGUAGUAGCUUUCCCUCAUCUGUUGUCCUUCAUUCUGCACGCUGCUGCCCCUCAUAGUCAUGUCCUGGUCUCUUCUUUCCCUGUCCAUCCCGAAAAGUGUUCAGGCACACGCCCUACCUCCCUUCACAAGCUUCAGUAUCAGAAGUCUUUGUUGCCUCAUUGCCACACCUUCCUACUC